GACCUGAGCUCAAUUCUAGGCAGGGCGAAACCUUGGGCAAGUUCAAAGUGCAUAUGCGUAGGUUCCUCUCACACAGGGUUGGAGAUUUGCAAUGCGUAGCUAGAUGGAGCCAUUCACAAACCAGUGAAAUAUGUAAACAGGAAGAUGUUAAUAAAACAAGACCUUUCAGAUAAAGGCAAUGAGUUGAUAAUUACUGUCAGAGUGAACACUGCUGAGCAUAGAAGGAAAAUGUCAUCUGAAAAAGAUCCAGACCAAAACCAAAAGUUGGCAGCAGUUUGGAAACCCGGUUGGUGUGGUGGCCACCAUGCUCACAGUGACGAAAUAAAGAAGAUCAUAAUAGAAUGCAAGAGAGAGAGCUUUUGGUACAGGGCUGUGCCAUUGUCUCUUGGAAGCAUGCUACUCACUCAAGGACUCCUAUACAAAGGAAUUCUUUCCCCCUCAAAACGGUUUGGAUCUAUUCCGAAAGUUGCACUUGCUGGAAUUCUUGGUUUUGCGAUUGGAAAGAUCUCAUAUGUGGGAGCUUGUCGUAAGAAAUUUCAAGGUGCAGGGUUUCACCCCUUUGGAGAUGGAUUUCCUCAAGGAUUUCGAAACUUCCCAUUCCAGCAACCCCCUCAUGUAUGUAAGGAAUGUAAGGGUAGACAUGGACACGGAGACCCUGCAGGUGUUCAUCAUUACAAUAAAUCCCACCAGCCAUCUCCAGCUGAACCCAGUUCUAAAGAUGUCUGAAGAUUGAAUAUUCUUUAUGUCUGCAACUGGCUGGAGAAAUUCCGAAGAGUAAAAAUGGAUACUUUCAGUUUUAAUUGACAAGAUAUUAUAAACAGAUCUACUGAGACAUUUGUAAUGCAGAAUAUUUCUAAAUAAAUACUGAGGUGUAAUAUGUGAUUUUA